AUGGCCCCCUUUGCCCGCUUGGCCGUAGCCCUAGCCUUGGCUAUAGGAGGUGUGGGAGCAUCUCCCCAAAGCACCUUUGACAAUGUGACCAUAUUUACACUACCGCCAAGCUGGGAGGACCGGCAAACCUCCUAUGCGCGGACGAUUAUGCUUCAUCAUGAGCAAGACCAUCGCAAACACCGUGUGAUGCUCUCGACUUGGACAUUCGGGGCUCCUGGCGGACCAUAUCUCCCGAUCUACAAGUCUAUAGACGAGGGCGAGUCCUGGUCUGAGUAUUCCAGGCUCUACUUCACUCAUCGAAACUACACUGGCGGCGGCCUCUGGCAGCCAUCCCUAUACAAGCUACCACAGCAAGUGGGAGAUUUCCCCCCCGGAACGAUUCUGGCAUCCGCAAAUGCUAUUCCCAGGGAUUUUUCAUCCACAAACAUUGAGGUCUAUGCCAGCCGAGACAGAGGGUUAGCCUGGGAGUUUGUAUCGGUUGUCGCUAUCGGGACUGCCCCCAACACGACCAAUGGGGCCCAUCCAAUCUGGGAGCCUUUUAUCAUGAUGUAUGAGGAUAAGCUUACCGUUUACUACUCAGACCAACGGGAUCCCCUCCACGGUCAGAAGCUCGCACACCAGUCGACGCGGGAUCUCGUCCACUGGGGACCCGUAGUCAACGACGUUGCAUAUGCAAACUAUACCCUGCGUCCCGGUAUGACCACCGUUGCAAGGAUCGGUAAUGGGAAGUAUAUGCUAUCAUAUGAGCUUGCCUUGGCAACCGAAGUGCCUUAUGCUGUCCAUUACCGCAUUGCGGAUAACCCACUCGAGUUCGACAGGGCGGAGUCUCAUCUCCUCAAGUCCCAGGAUGGCACAAUCCCCGCCGCAUGUCCGUACACGGUUUGGACGCCAGCGGGGGGCCCGCAUGGGACGAUUGUUCUCAGCGAUGGAACGUAUGAGGAGGUUUUUAUCAACCGGCAGAAUGGCCAUCCGCAUGCCUGGGUUAAAGUCCCCAGUGGAAAGGGCGUUGCGUACUCGAGAUCCUUGACCGUCAUGCCGGAGAAGGAUGUGAUUUUGUUCCUGAACGGGGGGUUGUAUGGGGCAGACAAUACGACAGUGACUGUAGGAGAGUGGAAGAUCCCGGCACAUCCUUGA